AUGACCAACACAGAAAAAGAUCAAGAAGGUCAAGAAACAACCAGUUCAGGUAAAGGUACAAGUUUUACUCUAAUUCCAUCUGGUGACAACCAUACAACUCAAUCAACUACUGACUCAUUGGGCACUGUGUCUAGUCAAGUGACUACCUUAGGAUCUACAGGAAUUUCUCAGGUGACCAACAUCUCUAACCUUCCUGCGUCAGCACCAGAUGGGCACACAUCUACACAGACUGCAAGGCACACUCUGUCACCUUCAGGUACCACCACCACACCUUUCUCAACUGCUGACAGCUACAGCCACAGAACGCAAACAGCACCACCAACCUUGUCAGUGGGAAUGACUGAACGAUCAACUGUGGAGAAAACUAUCUGGACGAUGCCAACUUCACCAGGAACAAACAGUGCAAGCAGUGUAACAACGUCACUACCAACAACUACCUCCCAGACCUCUCCAACCUCCACCUCCACCACAGUCACCCGCUCCACAGCUCCCCUGGUCCCUAUUGAGCCUGAAAAAGGUGUUUCCCUCUUCUUCUUCGGGAGGCCUGCUGGAGACCAAACACUAGUCAGGAGGACAGUGGACUUCACUUCACCCCUCUUCAAACCCAGGAUAGGCUUCCCUUUCGGCUCCUUUCUCCGCGAUUCCCUUUACUUCACAGAUAACGGCCAGGUCAUCUUCCCUGAUUCUGACUACCAGCUUUUCUCCUAUCCAUACCCACCACGCAGCGGCUUCACGGGAUGGGAUUCUGUGGCCCUGGUGGCACCAUUUUGGGACGAUGCUGACUUCUCCGGCUACCAAGGAACCAUAUUUUACCAGGAAUAUAAUACACUCUAUGGGGAAAGCAACCGACUAGUCCAUCAGGUGGAGUCCUGGAUUACAGAGUUUUCACAUACCUGGUACAAAGCCAGGUGGACCCUAAAGGUCACCUGGGUUAACGUCCCUGCCUAUCCUGCCCACUCGACCUUCGGGACCAAUACCUACCAAGCCAUCCUCUCCACAGAUGGGAGCAAGUCCUAUGCCCUGUUUCUCUACCAAAAUGGAGGCAUGCAGUGGGACACUGCCCAGCGCCGAGGCAACUUGGUCCUCAUGGGCUUCACCAGUGGAGAUGGGCAUUUCCAGAACAGCCCCCUGACAUUCCGGCCCAUCUGGGAGAAGUAUCGUCCAGAUCAAUUCUUGGAUUUCAACUCAGGUUACCGGGGACUACAGGUCUACACACUGCACAGGGAAGAAAGGCCCAACUACCGGCUCAAGUGCCUCCAGUGGCUGAACAGCCAACCUCAGCGGCCCAGCUGGGGCUGGAACCACAUCUCCUGCCCUUGUUCCUGGCAGCAAGGACGUUGGGAUUUACGCUUUCUGCCCACCAACAUAGGCUGGUGGGGUCGCGGCAACAGGCAGCUGUGCAGCUACUCAUCCUGGCGAGGGGGUGUGUGCUGCAGUUAUGGACUCUGGGGAGAGUUUCAAGGAGGCUGGAGAGUGCAAAGUCUGUGGCACUUUGAUCAAGAGCUAGAGGCAGAGAACUGGUGUUGCCGCUGGAAUGACAAGCCUUUCUUCUUCUGUACUCAAUACCGACAAAGGCAGCCCCGCAUCAGCUGUACUGGAUACAGGCCUCCAAGACUAGCCUGGAUGUUUGGAGACCCUCACAUUACCACCUUGGAUGGCGCCAAUUAUACCUUCAAUGGUCUAGGGGACUUCCUGCUGGUCCAGGCCCAGGAUGGAAACUCUUCCUUCCUGCUGCAAGGCCGCACUGCCCAGACGGGCACGGCCCAGGCCACCAACUUCAUUGCCUUUGCUGCUCAGUACAAAUCCAGCAGCCUGGGCCCAAAUACAGUUCAAUGGUUCCUUGAGCCCAAUGACAAAAUCAAAGUUACGCUCAAUAAUAAGCCUGUGGAAUUUGAGGUCAACCCUGAAGAUGCUGAAGGCCAAGAGAGAUCCAUCAACACCACUGGGAUCAUACUGAUCCGCAAUGGCUCCUUGGUCUCAGCCAGCUUUGAUGGGACAGUGGCCAUCACAGUGAUCGCGCUCUCCAACCUCCUCCAUGCCUCCUCCAGCCUUCCAGAGGAGUAUCAGAAUCACACAGAGGGCCUCCUGGGGGUCUGGAAUGGUGAUCCAAAUGACGACUUCAAGAUGCCCAAUGGCUCCACCAUUCCCCCCGGGAGCUCUGAGGAGAAGAUUUUUCACUAUGGAAUGACCUGGCAAAUCAAUGGAACAAGUCUCCUUGGAGAGAGGAAAGAUGAAUUGCCUUCCAAUUUCACUCCCGUCUUCCUUGAACAAUUGAGAAACAGCUCCUCGGAUCAAAAUGUGGCCACGUGUAAAGGAGAUUUACAGUGCAUCUUUGACACUCUGGCCACGAAGAACACAAGCACUGGGCUGCAUACACAGAUGCUCCGAAGACGUUUCCAGGACAUUAACAGCACCCUCAAUGAGAACCCGCCCACCAUCGAGGGUGAUGAGGUGGUUAGGGGUUACAAGGGGCAGACCAACUGGUUCCACUACAAGAGCAGCUCUGAAAAUGUCACAUUUUCACUCAGAAGUAACUCUACCGACUUCAAACUCUUUGAGAACGGCACACUGCGGUGGACACCAACGUCACUGGAACCAUUCAGUCUAGAGAUUCUAGCAAGAAAUACCAAGAAUGACUUGUCAGCUGCAUUGCACCUCGACCCUGUGGCCUGCUUCUGUAGCGCAAAGAGCCAGUGUGUGUACAACCAGACCACGAGGGUGAGCAACUCUUCCCUCCAGGUGGCUGACUGCAAGUGUGACGAGGGCACCUUUGGUCCCAAGUGUGAACGCCGCAGGGACCCCUGUGAGCAGUGCUUCCCGGGUGUACACUGCACUGCGGAGACGGGCUGCGGGGCCUGCCCCCCAGACAUGACUGGGGAUGGGCAUCACUGUGCAGCUCAGGAGUAUACUAUCCACUGUCAGAACAAGUCCUGCCCUGUCAAUUACUGCUACAACCAUGGCCACUGCUACAUCGCCAAGACUGAAGACUGCAAGCCCACCUGCUUAUGCCCCCCAGCCUUCACAGACAACCGUUGCUUCCUGGCUGGAAACAAUUUCACCCCUACCGUCAUUCGAGAGUUUCCCGUCAGAAUCAUCGAGCUCUUGCUCAGUGAAGAACAAAAUGCCACUACUGCAGACGUCAAUGCAUCGGUGGCACACAGACUGAGUAACCUGAUCGUGCAAGCCUUUUCCAGGAACAGCAUGGUGAUGCAAAGGUAUUUCCCCACUUCAGCGUCAGACAGCUCCCUUCGCCACUGGCGAGUCAUCUCUGAGUUCCAGUACCGCCCUGUGGGCCCUGUCAUCGACUUCCUGAACAACCAGCUCAUGGACGCUGUGGUGGAGGCCUUCUUACCUCAGGCCCUGCGGCUGCGGCGCAGUGAUGAGCCCCGGAAAGAUGUGGUCUUCUAUCCCAUCUCCAGAGGAGAUGUGAGGAGCCUAGAGCUCGUGAAUGUGAGCACGUUGGAGACUUACCUCAAAUGUGAGGGCUACAAGGGCUACUCUCUGGUCUACAGCCCCCAGAAGGGCUUCUCCUGUGUGUCCCCGUGCAGUGAGGGAUACUGUAAUCACGGAGGCCAAUGCCAGCACCUGCCUGAAGGGCCCCACUGCAGCUGUGUGUCCUUCUCCAUCUACACGUCCUGGGGGGAUCGCUGUGAGCACUUGAGCAUGAAACUAGGCGCCUUCUUCGGAAUCCUGUUCGGGGCCUUGAGCCUCCUCCUGCUGCUGGGGGUCGUGGUGUUUGUGGUCUUGCACUUCAAAAACUGCUUCGGGAUCCAGAACUCCUACCCCCUGCACUCAGAGAGCUGA